ACCUGACCCCUACAAUUCCAUUUCAUUCAAGCCAGCUCUACCGGUUUUCACAUUUUCCCGUAAAAAGAAAACCCCCUUUAUUUUAUUAAAUGCCUGCAAAGUAUAUGAAAGCAACCACACCAUCCCCUGCAAUUCAUCCCUGAAAUCGAAAAUCUCGCAUCUUAAUCCGGCGAUCAGAUGACGAAUUCGCCCGGGGAAUCUCCGUCGGUCGACGGCGAGGUUUCGAGGUUGGUGGAGGAAGCGAAAGAGUUGCAGGAAACUGCCUCGUCCCUCAUCUCCCGCACCUCACUCGAAGAAGACGCGCUCCGCCAGCGCGUCGCCUCACUGGAUUCCCGCAUCAAGUCCCUCCGUUCUUCUCUCCGGAGCUCCGGUAACUCAGAUAAAUUGGAAGAGGAAUUAGUGAGAGCGAGAUACAUAUUGAGUGAAGGAGAUGCGGCGACAUUUCUUCCGAGCAAAUCUCAUGGGAGGUUUUUGAGGAUGUUUUUGGGGCCUAUUAAUGUGAGGGCAAAUCGGAAGGAUGUGAAAUUGAAAGUGAAAGAGGAAUACAAUAACGUCAGGGAUAGAACAGCACUUUUGUUCCUCUGUUUGCCAUCGCUGUUGCUUAUGUUAAGGUCAUGGAUUUGGGGUGGAUGUCUACCUGCUUUACCGGUGCAACUAUACCAGGCAUGGUUGCUAUAUCUCUACACUGGUUUGGCUUUGAGAGAAAACAUCUUGAGAGUUAACGGCAGUGAUAUACGCCCAUGGUGGAUUAAGCAUCAUUACUGUGCCAUGGCUAUGGCUCUCAUUAGUCUAACUUGGGGGAUUGAGAGGGGGCACGACUGUGCUCAGAAGCAGCGAGGUGUACAAUUAUUUCUGAAAUGGGCAAUAAUGCAAGGAGUUGCCAUGAUGCUUCAAAAUAGAUAUCAGAGGCAAAGACUUUAUACACGUAUUGCGCUUGGCAAGGCCAGAAGAAUGGAUGUUGUUUGGGGAGAAACUGCUGGAGUGGAGGGUCAGUUACUGCUGUUGUGUCCUAUACUUUUUGUUUUGCAGGGUUUCGAAGCUUAUGUUGGGUUGUUGUUGCUUAAAACUGCACUUGCUGGAUCCAGUUUGGGUUGGCAGGUAAUUACAUGUGGGAUACUUCUCAUAAUCAUGGCUGCUGGAAAUUUUGUUAAUACGGUGCAGACCCUCGUAACGAAAUCUAGGGUUAAGGCAAAAAUUAGGAAAGGUAAAAGCAGACAAGAACUGAACCAAGGAUCUGAUGAUAAGAGCUUAUGAUUGCGAUAAGACCACUCUCGUUGAAUCUAUUUGCUUUAAUAAUGUGCCAUGACUUACUUGUGCAGUUUUCAUUUUUAUUUUGUCUUGCAGUAGGGUUUUCGACAAUUAUGCUUAAGCCGUUAGUUAGCCUUUUGUGCCUACAAUAAUCUUGGAUUUUAGGACUUGGAAGUUAACUGUAUCAGAAUGUUAUAUAUCCAUUGCCUUAUGUCCUAGUGUAUGUGCAUUCUUUAAUUUUAUACCU